AUGCCGUCAUUCCUGUCUGUGCAGCUCCAGCUAACCUAUGAUGCGGGCUCGAAGACCACCAUCUUCUCCCCAGAGGGUCGACUCUACCAGGUGGAAUAUGCGCUCGAAGCCAUUUCCCACGCCGGCACUGCCCUUGGUAUUCUCGCCAAGGAUGGAAUUGUCCUCGCUGCCGAGCGGAAGGUGACCAGCAAAUUGCUGGAACAGGAUACCUCCGCCGAGAAGCUCUACACGAUCAACGAUAACAUGAUUUGCGCCGUUGCGGGCAUGAACGCCGAUGCCAACAUCCUGAUCAACUAUGCCCGUCAAAACGCCCAGCGCUACCUCCUUACGUACAACGAAGACAUUCCCUGCGAGCAGCUGGUCCGCAGACUGUGUGAUCUGAAGCAAGGAUAUACCCAGCACGGUGGUCUCCGUCCGUUCGGUGUUUCGUUCAUCUAUGCCGGAUACGACCACCUGCGCCAAUUCCAGCUGUACCAGAGCAACCCGAGUGGAAACUACGGCGGAUGGAAGGCCACCAGCGUUGGGGCCAACAAUGCGAGCGCACAGAGUUUGCUCAAGCAAGAUUACAAGGAGGAAUGCAAUUUGCAGGAAGCCUGUGCGAUGGCAGUCAAGGUCCUGAGCAAAACGAUGGACUCGACCAAGCUCAGCAGUGAGAAGAUCGAGUUCGCAACAGUGGGGAAGACCAAGGAGGGCAAGAUCUAUCAUCACCUAUGGGGUGCCGAAGAAAUCGAUGCUCUGCUUCGGGAACAAGGGCUGGCCAAGGUCGAUGACGAGCCCGAAGCUGGCGAAAUAAAAUAG